AUGGCCUCUGCUACCUACGAAACCGCUCCUGCAAACAAUCUGCCAGGAGAGCCCGUCAAGACCACUGGAAGUGACCACCAGCAUGUCACACUCGCAAUGAACUUUGCUUGGCGCAAGUUCAAGUCCAGCAUUUCGGAUACCCGUAGCCCAGACAAGCCUCUCUACAUCAUCAGCUAUAAGAUCUUCCCGAAACUCAAGUUCAUUUUCCGCAAAGCAAGCCGCGAUGAUGGCUCCGACGGCAACACUGAAGAUGACGGCAAGUCCGACGACGAUGUCGUCGGCACCGGUAUGGUGAACAAUAUCAGCAUCGACUCCAGCUACACCUGCCAUGGACGCAAGGAUCAGCUCGUGGCACAGCGCCGGUUCCACACUUCGUACACUCAUCGCUCUGCAGCCCUUGCCGAGAAUGGCAAGCCAAAAGUCGUCACCUGGUCCGGGGACUGUGGUCUCACCAAGUGGGACUUCGUUUGUGUCGAUGAGAACCAGGUUCCCCUGGCUAAAUUCACCGCCAACCUGUGGGGUCUGAAGAAGAUCGGCAAGGUCGAGUUGAUGGGCCCCCGAGCUAAUGACCCUGCCUUCCGAGACGAGAUGGUCAUCACCGGUAUCGUGGUCGGCUACACUAUGGUCUGGAGAGCGAACAACAUCUUCCAGCUAUUUGGAGCUUUGUUUGGCAAGCCUGGUCAUGAUAAGGAGUACCCUGAAUAG